ACCCUGGUACAGGUAAAGUGUACAGAACAUGUAAUACCUCCCUGUACUGUAGGGAGCGCUACCAGACAUCAGUCAGUGCAUACGCUUCAGUAAUACAGGGGUUUUACCAGUAAAUUGCCCAUUCUGAUUGGUCAGUUCUUCCAGCCAUUGACACGUUUCACAGAUCUGGACUGUCCGUAGUAUUGUAUGUUGAGUCUGGUUUCAAGUUACAAUGGUCCAGAAAAGACCAUUGUAUGUUGAAACUAUUGUAUGUUGAGGCCAUUGUAAGUUGAGGGAUCACUGUACAAAUAUGUAUAUGCAGACCUCAUAGAAAGCACAUUUCACCUAGGCAGGUUUGUAUUUGCUCACAGUAUGUAAAUAUAUAGAGUGGAUACCUCUAAAUAAGCUCACUUUAGCAGCUUGUUUGUGCUGGGGGGAACCUGGGGGGAAUCUUUGCCACCACACUUUUUAUGUCUGGUUGUCAUGAGCAGGGAGUGAUCUUCUCACAUAGCUGAUACAUACUGGUUAUGAAUUGGCAUCGGAAGUGUGCACAUUAGUCAGGACUGAGCAGUCACUUAAAAGAAAACAUCCCGCCUACAUUUAAGCUGUGGAGCACAUUUGACAGUAUGGGAUCGAGGUUGAGUAUGAGCACAGCUGAAGAUGAGUCUGGAACAGUAAAAGUUCAAAGCACCCAGAACGCUCUGACACUCACACAGGAUCUUGAUGGGAAUUUAAUCCUCCAUUGUCCUCAAAAUGCAUCAGAACAAGACCAGAGCUUUGAGGUGACCAUGACUGCUACCACAGAGGUAUCAGAAGAUGACAUUAAUGAAGACUCCAUAACUCAGAUUGAGAUUCUUCAGAACGAGCAGCUUGCUGACUUCUCUCCUGCAGGCAGUGAUGAGGUGUCAGCAGUCAGUCGUGCCUGGUUCACCAGCAAAGAAGACAAAGAUUCUCUCACCAACAAAGGUCACAGAUGGAAGCAAGGCAUGUGGUCUAAGGAGGAAAUUUCAAUUUUAAUGAGCAACAUCGAACGAUACCUGAAGGCACAUGGUAUUAAAGAUGCAACUGAAAUAAUUUUUGAGAUGUCCAAGGAUGAGAGAAAAGAUUUCUAUCGGACCAUAGCGUGGGGCUUGAACCGUCCUCUCUUUGCCGUAUACAGGAGAGUCCUUCGCAUGUACGAUGACAGGAACCAUGUGGGAAAGUACACACAUGCAGAAAUUGAAAGACUAAGGGAGCUUCGUGUGAAGCAUGGAAAUGACUGGGCUACAAUAGGAGCUGCUUUGGGUCGAAGCGCCUCAUCUGUAAAGGAUCGCUGUCGACUAAUGAAAGAAACAUGUAAAACAGGUAAAUGGACUGAUGAAGAAGAAAGGCGUUUAACAGAUGUUGUACAUGAACUUACUGGCACUGAAACUGGUGAUAUAGUAACACAGGGGGUCUCUUGGGCGUUGGUGGCAGAAAGAGUGGGAACACGUUCAGAAAAGCAGUGUCGCUCCAAAUGGUUGAACUAUUUGAACUGGAAACAAAGUGGUGGAACACAGUGGACCAAAGAAGAUGAAAUCAAUCUCAUAUUAAGAAUAGCAGAACUUGGAGUACUGGAUGAAAAUGACAUUAACUGGGAUUUAUUGGCAGAAGGUUGGAGCAGUGUUCGAUCUCCCCAGUGGCUCAGAAGUAAAUGGUGGACUGUCAAACGGCAGAUUGCCAACCACAAAGAUGUGUCCUUUCCUGUAUUAUUAAAAGGACUGAGGCAGCUGCAUGAAAGCCAGACUACUCUGUUGGGUUCUCAGGAGCUAGAAAACAAAGUGGAAAUCCAGUCCCAAAGCGGAACCUCCAGUGUGCAGCAUGUGCAGAUAAGAGUGUCUCACUUGGAGGAGAGCCCAAGCCUACCACAGAGUUCACUGGCAGCAUUGCAGAUCCCUGUACAGAUCACACAUCUUUCCUCACCUGAAUCGCCGUCUCCUAUUUCUGACCCAGACUCGCUGUCCACAAGCAUGCUGCAGACAUUUGAGAUCCUACCAUCUUUUUAUUUACAGCCAAGUGGUACUUCAGGCACCUUCAUCCUGCAGACAAGUUCUAGCCAAAGUCUUCCAUUAACACUGACAUCAAACCAAGGAGUGACCCUGACCUCAAACGCCUCCCCAGCAUCACCAGAGCAGAUUAUUGUACAUGCCUUAUCUCCUGAAAACCUCCUAAAUGCAAGUGACAAUGUCACAGUCCACUGUCAUACACCAGGGAUUAUAAUUCACACACUGGCUUCUGAUGACAUCCCCUUACCCCUUGCUCAGACGGAGCUUUCUGUUGAAUCUAACUUACAGCCAACUGACCUACACAGUUCUCAGAGACCACUUAAAGCAGACUGUCUUCCCCAGGAGAUACACAGUACGGACAUAAACGUCAGCCAGGACUCCUUAUAUUGCACAGAGCAGUCCAUAAAUAUGGGCAUCAGGGGUAAUGUGAAACUUGUCCAUCAUCCUGGAGCAAAUGUGGAGGACAUGUCAAGUGCAGACAUAAAGACAGAUGACAGUCAUAUUGACUUAACAGAUAACUAUGUCAAAGAAGAUCUCAGGCCUUCUACCCUUGAAGAACACAUUGGUCAGCCUGCUAUUGAAGGGACAGUGUUGAUAGUCCCAUCGUGCCACAGUUACAUACAAUCGGAUGAUAAUAAUGGAGAAUCUGUGCUUCCACUUACCACACUUGCAGAUCCAAUUUUGCAGCACCACAGGGACAAAGUUCACCGGAUUGACUCUUCAAUAGAUGGACCAGAUUCUGACGAUGCUAAAGAUAUUGAAGAUUUGUAACACAUUUUCCUGUCUGACAAGCUUAGACUUGCGGCUGGCCACCAUUACACAUGUUCUAAUUGCUACAGUCUGCUAUAGCACCAAAUCUGUUAUUUUACUGCAGCAGAAUUUGCACUAUCACCAGCUUCUAAGUGUUAGUCGAGUUUCAGAUUUCAAGUGACUUCUUCUCUCAUGUGUAUGAGGGUAAAUUAGAGCAUUUGGGGGGGGCUGUUUCUGGUGAACAUGACAUUCCAGUUCUUUUUGGUCAUCUCAAGGGUUGACAUUCCGUACAAGGAUAUUACACGACAGAACACUAAAACCCAGACUUCUUCAGACCAAGUCAUGGAAGAGGUGAAACUACUAUUGUGAGGAGUGGAUUUUAGUGCUACGAGCAAUGUUUACCACUCUACUUCUAAGUGUAGUUGGACGUGGUUUACAGGGUCUUAUUUUCUACAAUAAUGUUUACAGAAGUAAGUGGUGAUUGAAGUAUAAUAAAUCAAAAGAAGGCAAUAGGGUUUGCUAUGGAUAGGUGGUUUUUAAAGAAAACAGGACUAACACAAUCACGUCCCUGAGUUUGUCAUUGUGUACAAUCUGCAGGCUGACUAGAUGGGAAUAAUGUGUUAUUGAAAGUGGCAAGCCCAGGUAAACAACUAAACCAUGCCCUUUCUUUAUACACACGGUGAUACAAAUGGUGCUAAUGUAUAUAUCUGAUAUUUAUGGAGGUUAUUACAGUAUUUAAAAUGAAAAACUUUUUCAAUGUAGACAGUCUGUCACAAACAAGCCCUGUCGCCUUACAUUUGUUUUCCAGCAGUCACAGCAAACAGACUGCAAUCCUAAAAUGUCAUAGAAGGCUAACCACUGUAGCAGAGCCCAAAAUAGUACAGAACCCAAACUAGUUGCUCAGAAACACUGUUUGGAAGAUACAAUAAGCUGUUCCAUGUUGUCUGCUAUUUCAGUGAAUUGUCUUCUAUAAUAUACAUUUUACCCAUUUUAUCCUUCACAUUUCCUAUCAAUAUUUUUCUUCAAUAAGCUUUAUGGUAAUGUAGUACACCUGACAACUACAAACAGAUGUGUGUGUAUAUAAUGUCUUACUGCUUUUAAAAGGGGUACUUCUCUGAUCUCUGCAGCACCCCUGUCAUUCGGUGCAGUGAACUCUGCUCGAUGACUGGCAAUGCCAGCCGCCACCCCCCUCCAUUCCAGUCUAUGGGAGGAGGUGUGACAGCUAUGUACUUGCCAUCACGCCCCCUCCCAUAGCCAUGAAUGGAAUGGGUGUGGCCUGCCAUCACUAACGCGGAAGCUGCAAGUUUCCAUGUUCCGGACACUGCCAGCCUGUAGAACGUGGCCGGACCCCGUGAUCUGAUAUCUUAUCCCCUAUCCUUUGGAUAGGGGAUAAGAUGUUUUCAGCGGAGUACCCUUUAAGGAUUAGAAAAACAGCACCACACCUGCACACAGGUUGUGUGUGGUAUCGCAGCUGUGUUCUAUGAAAGUGAAUGGAACAUAGUUGUAAUACCACACACAACUUGAGCACUGGUGUGAUGCUGGUUUUAUUUUUUUAAGAAAUGUGACAGCAGGUGCACUUCCACCUCUCUAAACGCAUCACUGGAGUGCCACUAGUUGCCCUAUAAAACCUUUGAAAUGCCUUAAAGGAAACCGGUCACCCAUUCACCCGUACUAUAACUCGAUACACAUGGUUAUAGUGCGGGUGAACGGGAGACAGAUGCGGGGUCUCGGACUGCUACCUACCUGCAAU